GCGCCUUCCAGCCCUGGCGACCCCGUCCCGUCGCCGGCUGGGCCACCGAGCGUGCGCUUCGAAGCGCCGCCGGUUCCGGGCUUCCCCCAGCCGCCAACUCAGCCGCCCAUGCCCCUUGGACAACACUUCAUUCUACGGGCGAGGGUGCAUUGGCCCGAGGGGGCGCAGUGGAUGAUUUUCAGAGGGAAGGCAGUCGAUGCCGUCGCGGCCAGCACGGUGGCCGACUACUUCGACGGUGCGCUGGCGCUCGAGGUGGCAGACCCAGCAGGCGUCGCCAUCCGCUUCCUCGUGAAGCCCGACGGCGUUAUCCGUGCGCCGUCCCCAGGACCCUCCGGACGCCUACCCGCAGGGUUCGUCGAGGAGCUGCUCCACCACGCACCCCUGGGAUGCGAGGAGCUCGGCAUCGGCGUCUCGGCGACCAACGUACCCGAGAAAGUUUGGCACAAGCUGGCAGCUUGGCAUGGUCUGCCCGUGGGUGGCCGAGCUGGCCCACUCAGCGAGGCACGCUGGCGGCUGCUCAAGGAGAAGGUGGUCGACCUAGUCAAGUGGCACCCUGAGGGGGGCGUGGCACCCAGUCCGAGCUUCGAGGCGCAGGCCACCGAGGCGGACGCCAAGCUGCGCAGCCAUUGGCGGCGGCUCGAUCGCAGCAGCUCGCCCAG